AUGACCCUCAUCACAACAGAAGACAACAACAGUAAUACCACAGCGAUCAAUUUAGCGCUUACAAAGGGACAUUUCUCACAUCCAACACCGAGCGGACGACAAGAUGUCUUGGCCUUGAAGCAACGUUUAGCAGAUGCUUUGGGUGAAAAUGGGCCAUUGUACUGGGACGCACUCAGAGACUUUGUGAUGGGAAAGCUGAAUCGACAAGAAUUUGAUUUCUAUGCAAAUUUAUACCUCAGUAGACAGAAUGCCUAUCUUCACAACGCUUUCAUUCUUAGUACAGUACAUAAUGCGCAAACAAACACACCGCCACCUUCAAAGCAUAGACUUGUAGGCUGGGCAAAAAGAAAACGAGGAAAAGAUGGAAGUCUCACAGCUGAUGGAGAGUUAGAGCAAGACCCCAAGAAGCGAAAAUUAAAAUCAGAUGUCAUGGCAUUGAGCAAAGCAGAGCGUGAGCGACUGAAAGCGCUAGUCAAGUCUGGCGACAAGAACAGUUUAAGGCCAUUUGUAGAUAGACUAUUAGGCACACGCAUCAGUCGACCACCUACACUACCCAUUGCAUUCAAUCAACUACCACCAAAUUACAGCCAAGAAUAUUCCAAGGGACUUAUGGCGCCAUUAUGUGUGGAUUUGAAGGAGCUGCCAUCUCCAGAGACAUUGCACGCAAGAAUGACAAGUAUUGCAUUGGAAAAUGGAUUACUGGGAGGGAUCGGAGAGGAUGUAGUCAAUGUAAUGUUAUUUGCAGCCGAGAAUUAUAUCAAAUCAUCAAUCACCAGUGCCAUCAGUAAACGACGAGUGAACCGAUGCAUUGGAGUUAAAAUGGUGCGCGAGGAGGAUGAGGACCAGGACAUGACAAACGAGCAAGAGCAAUCAUCCAUUUCAUUGCGUGAUCUUGCAUUUACAUACCAAAUUACACCCUAUGUGCUAGUGGAGAAACCAUUGAAUGCAGAAAAGCUUACAGCACUUUUGGAGGACAGUGAGGACGAAAUGAUGGUGGACAAUCUCAGUGACAGUAGUUCAGAGGAGGAUUAUGAAUUGUAA